AAUGGGCAAACUUGGAGAAGCUGCAGGAGAAAAUGCUGCUCCAAUGGAAGGUGCAGGAGAAGACGCUGGAGAUGGUGCUCCCCCGAUGAACGAUGCUGGAGAAGCUGCUGGAGAUGGUGCUCCCCCGAUGAACGAUGCUGGAGAAGCUGCUGGAGACGGUGCUCCUCCAAUGAAAGAUGCUGGAUAUGGUGCUCCCCCGAUGAACGAUGCUGGAGAAGCUGUUGGAGAUGGUGCUCCCCCGAUGAACGAUGCUGGAGAAGCUGCUGGAGAUGGUGCUCCCCCGAUGAACGAUGUUGGAGAUGCAGUUGGAGACGGUGCUCCCCCGACGGAUGAUGCUGUAGAAGCUGCUGGAGAUGGUGCUCCCCCGAUGAACGAUGCAGGAGAAGCUGCUGGAGAUGCUGCUCCCCCGAUGAACGAUGUUGGAGAUGCAGUUGGAGACGGUGCUCCCCCGACGGAUGAUGCUGGAGAAGCUGCUGGAGAUGGUGCUCCCCCGAUGAACGAUGCAGGAGAAGCUGCUGGAGAUGGUGCUCCCCCGAUGAACGAUGCUGGAGAAGCUGCUGGAGAUGGUGCUCCCCCGAUGAACGAUGCUGGAGACACUGUUUGAGAUGGUGCUCCCCCGAUG